AUGGCUGUGGUUUUCUUUUCGGCAAAAAGCCUGAGGUCCAGACACCCACUCAUUGCCAUCGUUGAAGAACUUGAAGAUAUAAUGGACAGUAGAGGUUCCACACACCAUAGGAGCUGGUACUAUGUAGGUCUAGGAGUAUCAUUACCAAAUACAGUGGUCAGGAUUUAUUAUGAUUGUAAGGUUGAAAGAGAGUUAUUGAAAUUUGUUCCUUCGAUAUUUGAAAUAGUGAAAGAAUUGGCUAUGUUUGUGUAUUUGACACAGAUGUUAGUACCACUCCACAUGACUGUUUCCAGUGUUUCGCAGAUCAGAGCCCGCAUGGAAGCAUACAGGCAUGAUCCGGAUUCGAACCCAAGCAAGAGAACUUUGGAGUUGAUUACUCUCGAGCGAAGAUUAGAGCAUGUAUUCAAUCAGCUGAUCGAGGAGUACGGCAAAGACUUCAUUCGUAUAAUUUACAUUUCGACGGGCAGGAUAACAUAUUCACUGUGUGGCGCACUAAUCAUUCUUGUACCAAAUACAUUUGCAGCUUACUUGUAUCUGAUUCCGAUGUAUAUUUUUCCAAUAAUAUCUGUUGUGUACAGGGUAUGGUCCUUGGCGAAUGCUGCUCAGUCCGUGAGGCAUGAUCAGGAUUCGAACCCGUACAAGAAGACUGUGGAGUUAAUAACUUUGGAGCGAAGAUUGGAGCAGAUAUUCCAUCAGCUAGCUGAGGAGUACGGCACAGACUUCAUUCGUCUGAUUUACGUUUCGACGGGGAGGAUAAUCUUAUGUCUCAGGUCUGGUCUGUUGCGCAUGCCUCUUACUCCGCGAGGUAUCAGGUAA